AUGAAGACCUUGGCCCUCGCUGCUUGUGCGGCGGCAGCAGUCGUGCUUGCUGCCACCGGCGUGCAAAGCGCUCCAUUCCUCGACGACCAGGCACCGCUCAUCCAGCCCCGCUACGUCUCUGGACUUACAGCACCCUCGGCCUACACCUACAGCUGGGCGGUGGAUGGCUACCGUCUUGCCCUCGAUACCCAGGGCAUCAAGUCCUACCUCACCCGGUCGACCAUUUCCAAAGAUGCCACCCGCACCACGCAGAACCACGUCAACUCGUGCGUUGCCAGGUGCGAGAAGACGGCUUCCUGCGCUAUGGCCCACCUGAUCAAGUUUGUCAACUUCGCCGAGGGCAACGUCAUCUGCGCCCUGUACAGUGCCACGGCGCCCAAGAGCGCUACCCAGUACACGACCGGGUUGUGGAACGGUCCUGGCACGGUCAAGUCGAGCUAUGCGUUCACUAGGAAUGCUGGUCAGGUGCGAGCUUCGACCACCAGCAAGUCCACCACGUCGACCAAGGCGUCUAGCUCAGCCUCUCCCUCUUCGACCUCAGGGAAAGCCUCGUAUUCGGCCGCAUACGACCAGUGGGUGUGGGUCGAUGUGCCCGGCACCACGUGUGCCGACGGGAGUCAGACCGGUAUGGCCGUCAACCUGCACUCUGGCUCGACCGAGCUUGUGAUUGGCUACCAGGGGGGCGGAUCGUGCUACGACUACCAGACCUGCUACGUCCAGAGGCGGGCGUACAACAUGGCCAACGGGUUCAACAACGCGACGUUCUGGUCGCAGAACCAGCCGGAUACGCUCAAGUGGUGGUUCCCCUUUGCGCGCGACAACCAGUACAACCCGUGGCAGACGGCCAACUAUGCCUGGAUCCCGUACUGCACGGGCGACUUCCAUGCGGGGGACAAUGUGGUGAAGUACAGCGGGGCCAGCACGACGACCUCGCACAAGGGCUGGAACAACGCAAAGCUGGAUAUGGCCAAGCUCAAGCAGAUGCUGCCGGGGAUCAAACGCGUCUGGAGCAGCGGCAGCAGCGCGGGCGCGUUUGCCAGUAUCUUGCAGUACCAGAACACACAGGAUGCGUUUGGCGUCCGUGUCGACCUGCUGGCGGAUAGCGGAGAAACACCGCUGUCGCUCCUCGUACACCCGAGCCAGAACAUCCAGGUCCCCAACAAGUCGCGCUGCCCCAACUGCGACGACAGCAACUUUGACUCGUACAUUGUCGGUCUUGCCCAGGCUAAUACCGGCUCGAGAUUCGCGAGUAUGAGCUGGUCCAACGAUACGAUCAUCCCAGUGAACCAGGGCGUGUCGUUUGACGAUUUCUCCAAGGAGCUCAUCCGCCUGUUUAACCAGGAGAACAAAGAAACCACCAACGCGAGGAACUUUAUGGUCCACGGAAGCGAUCACAUGUUGCUCUAUACGACCCAGUACAACGCUGCCGAUGGAUACACUCAGGCCACGUUUUUGAACAAGUUCAAGACCGAUGAUCCGGGUUGGUCUUCUCACUAG